CUCUCUCUCUCUCUGUGUGUGUCUGCCUCUCCACAACUAGGAAGUUGAGAGGACUCUCUCAAAAUAAAUAAACUUAAAAGAAAAUCUCAGUGAAGAAAUCAACGAUAUAAAGGAGAACCAAAUAGAAAUUCCAGAACUGCAAAAUAUAAUUACCCAAGUAAAAAAACUCCAAGGAAGGGAGGACUCAACCUCAGAAUGGAGGGGGACAGAAGAAAGGAUCCAUGAACUUGAAGAUGUAACAGUACAAUUGAGCCAAGCUGAACAACAGGAAGUGGGAGGCCAGGCAUGAAGGGAGGCGUGCUCAGAGGACAGAGGUUUGCAGACUAGAACCUUCAGUUCAGACCCAGCCUCACCCUCAAGUGACAUCACAAAGCCUCAGACGCCCCCGCCCACCACCCAGAAGUUUUAUCAAUUAAGCCAUCAGCUCAGGACUAUAUUUGCACUGGAAGCUGUUGUCCAACCUGGCCAAGCACACUUCUCCUCUCCCUGUUCAGUUAUGUCCAAGAAAAAUGGCGCCAUGCAAGCAACAGGGUCAACAGACGUGUGACUGCAGCUCCUCACCCACUCUGAGGAUAUAACAAAGAGCCGCCUGGUUCUCCUGGUGCAUAGUCGUUGGGGGAGUCUGCUCAUACCACCUAGCUCAGCCCACUAGGAGAACCCUAUGUCUUCCUCACAACUCCCAGCCUUCCUGUGGGACAAGAGCACACUCACCACCGCCAUAUCUGACCCUGCUCGCCGUCUCUUCUUCUUUGCACUCCUGAUGACCCUAGUCACUCUACUCAUCCUGGUCUGGAAGGUAACCAAAGACCGAGGCAACAAGAACAGAGAGCCAGACCCGAGAAAGGAAGAUACUCUGCUGGCGUGAAGGUGGACGGUCACUGCCAAGGACUCCAUUGAGGGGAAGACUGGAGGCUCAGGAGGCAGCGCCAUCCUGGAGCCAGAACCUGAGGAGGAAGAGCUGCUUUGCGGGGGAGGUCCCCCGGGGAGGGGGGGUCCCCCAGGGCCUCCCCCCUCCUCCACCACCACUUAUGUAAUUCACACUCAUCUUGCUGUUCUCUGGCUCAUCCAGGCUGCCAGGUUUGAAUGUCUUCUCUCUGUGGAUCUUCUAGACUGAAAUUAUAAAUGGCUCUUGAUUUCUGCGUUAACCGAGGAAAAAACAAACAAACACGUGGAGAAUUAAAAAUUGAUUACAAAGCCCACAUCUUCCUUUCUAAAUUGGGCAUGUGUUGACUCUGGGAUAUUGAAAUUAUUGGGAGCUCACAGCAUCUCUGACUAUAUAAUGAAGCUAUACCAGAAGCUCGGUUCCAGAAGAUCCUUGAAAUAGAACAGCUCACCUACUCCAAAUUCUAGGUAAAAUGCUCCCUCCUCUUCACCUAAUUCUAAGAAUAAAAAGUAUUAUUGCUCUCAAAAAAUGACGGGAAGUACCAAAUACUUUUCUUUCUUCUCCCCCAUGCUCCAACUUUAUGGGCUGACAAGCUUUAAAAAUAUCAUUUUCUAAAAUAAUAAUUUCAUUUUUAAAAAUC